AUGGCAGGGUUUUACGAGAGAAUCAAGGAGGCAUGGAACAGCGUUAAAGAUGCACUCCAGCCUGGGAAGAAGGUGGAUCUGAACUCAUACAAGGAGUUGUGCUCUAGAUUUGAAAGCGAAAAGCCUAUUGAGGUUUCUGAGCUUGAUCGAAUAAAAGAGUUGUGCAAGGCAAUAUCGGAGCCAGGAUGUAGAAAGAAACUAGACGAAGGAUUUGAGGAGCUGAAGAGAGUGGAGAUAGAAAGAUCGGAAAGAAAGGCAGGAGCGAAGUGGAAAGGAGACUUGGGGGCUGGGGAUACGAAGGGGGGCGAAGGGAAGCCUAAGAAGCAUCGGAAAAGGGGAUAUCAAAAGAAGUAUGCCCUGAAGAAAGAGAAUGAUGUUAGCUGGGGAGUUCUUCCAAAGAAAUACAGAGUAGAGGGGAAGACGCCUAUGGAGACGAUUGAAAAGGCAAUCUGCUAUGAUGCAGAGGACAAUCUUUUCCUUCAACUAGGGGAGGUGUCUACCGAUGAGGAAGAAGAAUAUUUCUGCGAAAGAAAUAUUAAGAAAUUGAACUCCGAAGUUGUAGAAAGGAAAGUCCGAUGUAAUUUUGGAGGGGAGUAUAACUGUAAAAGAUGUGUAGAGUAUGAAAUAAGGAAAGAAUAUGAAAGAAAGGAAAACGAGAGAAGGAAGGAGGAGAGGGAAAGAGCUGAGAAGAGAAGGCAGAUGGCAAAAGACAGAUGGGAGUCGAGAGUUCCUAAGUCAUAUUUCUAUCUUGAGAAGGACUUUGGAGUUGAAAGGGCAGUGGCAAGAUAUGUGACUGAUGACAAGUUUGAUAUGGAUGAUCUAGAAGACGAGGAGAGAAAGAAGCUUACGAGAGUUCUUAGCGAGGCAAGGAAGGAGCAACUGUUUGAUAUAGAGAAGAUUAAGAGCCGAAAGGCUAGUUUUGAUGAGAGUAGAAAUGAGGUGACGGAGAUUGGAGGCAUUAAAGAUGAUGGUGAGAAGAAUGAUAAAGAAGCAGAGCCAGAACAAGUCCUAAAUGGUAGUGGACAGGAAGACAGAAAAGAGGUUGGUAUAAAAACCAGUAAUGAAUCUGAAUCUCUUCCAUCCAAGCCUUAUUUUAUUUUAGAGCCCAUUUCCGAGACCAAGGAAAAUGGAUCUGAUGAUAGGGAGGCUGUUGAGAUGAGUGAAGAUGCAAAAAAAGUUGAGGAUGCUGUUCAGAUGCAAGAGCCAUUUGUGUUUGGAGGGGAAAUCAACGAAUCCUUAGAAAAUGAAAAGAAAGAAGGCCCUGCAGUGGAGGAGGAGCCGAAGAAGUUUGGAUUCUGGGAUGGAAGGACACCAAAUGUGCAAGGAGAUACAUCUAUGUUUCUCUUCAACUCGGGAGCUCCACUUCCUCCGGCUCAAGAUUCACCUUCUACUGUAAAUCACGAGAACAUCUCCAGUCCGUUUGCUUCAGAUGGUAAGGCACCUGAGACCAAGCCUUUUGUAUUUGGAGGGGGAUCUUUCCCGGCCCAGUCUGGCAUGGGACAAGAAUCGGUAGAAUUGCAUUCACCAACACCGGGAUCUUCGCUCCUUAAGAGAAAGUUGGGGGGAUAUGGAGAAGCCGUACAAGACUCGGGGGCUAACUUUUCUUUUGGAGAAGGAGGAAAUAUCUUUCUUUCGGGUAGUAGUGGAAUUCCUGGCUUACAGAGCUUUCCAGUACCCGGAAGCACAGGACAAGAACAAGCUAGGCCGCAGCAGCAGAUUGAUCUAACAGGGUCUAUGGGGAACAUAUUUGGAAAUGGAAAAAGUCUAUUUGGAGGUCUGUUUGAGGGAGGGUCUUCUCAGCAGCCGGCUAAGCCAAGCAUAGGAUAUGUGGAUUCAGAGGAAAGAAAUGACAAGGGGCUAGGGGGCCUCUUUGGAGGCGGUGGAAUCUUCAAUGCAGCCGACGACGAUCCUUUUGAAAGGAGUAAACUGGACAGAAGAAGAUGA